GAUGAAUCAGUUAUUAUGUUGCCCUCGACCGGCUACUUCAAGACGAUAAAUUGCCCGUUUUAUGACGGCGGAUCGUGCGACCGGCCCUACUGUCAUUUCAAACACACCAGGCGAGAAGAUGCAGGCAGUGCAGCAGGAGUGGCAGGAGUGGUGGAGGCCCAGACGACGGAGCAAGUACAAGAAGACAAGGCUACUGAUGUCGUGACUUCAGCUCCCGAUAUGUUACAACACCUAGUAACAGAAGCUGUAAAAAAAGUACUCGCUAAUCAAGAAGUUGCAGAUACUGAGAAGGUUUCACAGAACAUUGUCUCUCAAGUAGUGGAGGGGCUCAAGCCAACUCUAUCCUCUGGUUCCGCUGCCUCUAUUUGUAAUGCUGUGUCUAAUAUAGGAAAGCAUAUCGCAAUUCCUACACCGAUUACAAAGCCAGUUGUAUGUGUCUACAAUCCAACACCGAUAGCGGAACUAAAGAAGCGGCAUAUACCUGUAGUCUCGUAUAUGCCGACAAGAGAAAGUCGAGUGGCUGUGAAACGGAAAUUCUCGCCGGAAAGGGUUAAACCAUGGUUGAACGUCGUUCAAGAAUCGAGCAGUUCCCAAGUUACACCCGAAAUUAUAUAUAAACCCACUGCUAUAAAUGCAACCGAACAGGAUGCUGUGCAAGGUUACGUGCCGACGGUUAAAUCUGAUACAUCUUCAUCCAACUCGUACGACGAUGGUAACUCAAAUGAUUAUCAACCUAAAUUUAAGGAGGUAUAUUAUCCAAGAUCAAAGAAGAGAAGAGAAGAAUAUGUUCCGAAAAAAGUUAAAGCGCCGUUGAAAACGGUUCAGCAAUUAAAUGACGCCGUUUUAAAUCAAUUUGAUUCUGAUUUUGAUAUGAUAGAUGAAAUCAUUGCUUCCAAUCACGUCACUUCUAAAGUGCUAGGGCAGGUGAAAGCGUCAGCCAGUGAAGAUUCUCAAGAUUAUUCUAUGGAUAUCGAACCCAAGUUCUCCGAUGACGAACCUGUAGAGGAUGCAUCUAUGGAUGAGCAUAAUGUAAGUGUAAAAAAAUCUGAGCAAACGGAAGAUAUAAAUGAGAAGGAAAAGGAGAAUUUGCAACAUGCAGGAAUUGAUAGUGCGGAUAAACAAACGAGCAAUAAAGAUAAUAAAAUACAUAGCAAUCAUUAUGACGCUAAAACGGGUGAUUUAAAAAGUAGUGAUAAAUCUAAGCAUAAUGUAAGUGACUCAAAAAGAUUAUUGGAUAGCAAGGAAGAUUCUGUAAAAGAGGAUAUUAAUAAAGCAAAGGACAGACAUAAAAGUCAUAGUAAAAGCAAGGAAAGAGACAGAAAGGACCGCCACAAUUCUGAGAGGAGAGACAAAGAAAAAUCGCGGCACAAGUCAGAUUCUAAAGAUAAGCACCGUUCCUCCUCUAGUAGAGACAAAGAUAGAAGAAGAAGCAGCCAUGAGAGUAAAGACUCUUCACAUGGGAAUAAAGAGCACACGGACUCACGAAAACACAGACAUACCUCUCCGAAGAAAGACAAGAAUGAUCAUCACAAAUCCAGUCGACGUGACAAACAUAAAUCGAAUUCGAAUUCAUCUAACUCGAAAUCGAGUAAAUGCGUGUCAAGUAGAAGUGACAGAAAACGUCGCUCGGAAUCAAAUCGACGGUCCAGUGAUUCUUCUAAAAAAUCUAGCAAGCACAAGGAAAGCAGCAGUGAGAGGAAUUCAUCUGACAGAUCCGUUAGUUCUGUAAACAGUACUCAUUCUUUCAUUGAUGGGAUUUUGGAACUAUCAGACUCUGAUCACGACGUGCAAGAGGAAUGCUUAAGAAUUUUUCAGGAAUACCAAGCUUCUGACUAUCCAAAAUUAGUAUCGGUCAAGAAGUCUUUGAAAGAAGAAAAUGAGAACCUAGAAGAAGUUGGUAAGAAGAGAGUUGCGCAUCCUUCGGCGGCCACGAGCGUUACGAGACAGUUAGGUCCUAGUCAGCCACCAAAAAAGCUUAUAACUCCGCAACAGAAGAUGUACGAACGGUGGCGUUUGAUGAGAGAAGCGGCAGCUGAGAAAGCUGCAAAGAAGGCAGCUGAAAAGGCGGCAGCUGAGAAAGCGGUAAUUGAUAUGAAGACUCAAGUUACAGCUACGUUAGCAGAUCGGUCGUCGAAUAACUUUAGACAACGUGUAUCUGUGCAUAAGGAGCAUAUGGAAUCUAUCUCGUCGAUGAGUAAUAACGACGUACAACCGAAUACAAACGGUCGCAUUCGAAUCGCUCAUGUUCCAUACGCGAAAUCUCUUGCGAUGGAAAAAAAGAAAGUCGCGGUCACAACGGGAAGGAACGAGGAUGCGAAGGGGGUAGAUAAUAAAACAGUAGCGCAAACUACGAAAGGUGUACGUGUCGCUCAUAUACCACAAGUGGUACCUCAACUUGUACGUCCGGAACCGUUGCAAGUUGCUACUCAGAAGUUUCCUUUGAAUGUUCGUCAGUAUUAUAUUAAUUUAAUGCACGAUAUAUGCGUGCAAAUUUAUACAAGUGGCGACGAUGCGGCGCAACGUGCCGUCAGAGAAGAGCUCGCAUGUCACGAAAAAUGCAAGGCACUCGCAGUGUACAAGAAUUCAUGCAUGUUAGCGGCUCAUAGACUAAGGAAGGAAGUAGAUCAAAGCAAGUCGAAUGAAAAGUCCGCUAGUUCGACCUGCGGUAUGGUGUCCCACGAAGCGGUUCUUGCCGGCAAAUCGAAAGGUUCUUGGAGCGUGAUCAAGAAUAAGAAGAAUGUGAUAGAUUUUAAAGGACCAGCGCUCUACAAUAUGCUCAAAAAAUGGAUCAUGUCAGAACAACAGCUUAGAGACAACGGAUUUCCACGUAAACAUCCAGAUGAUACAAAGGGACGAGCUAAAGUAUACGUAAUAAAUUCGCGAAACCAAAGUAUUUUAUCAAAAGUGCCUAAUGAAAGAAUAUGCAGCCGAUGUGGUCAAGCAUAUAUGGUAGAUAAACUGGGCUUUCCUACGCAGCAACAAAACUGUAUAUAUCACUGGGGCAGAAAGUUCACUGUUAGAGGUGAGGGCAAAUAUAGUUGUUGCCAGCAAUAUGGCUCUGCUACAGGCUGUUGUGAUGCAAAGACGCAUGUGUGGGACUACACGGAUUAUGAAAAUCUUCGUGGUUACGUUAGAACUUUAUCGAAAGAUGUUCCUAUCGAUGAGCAAGGGGUUUACGCACUUGACUGUGAAAUGUGUUAUACUACACAUGGUUUAGAGCUAACUAGAGUGACAAUUAUUGAUGAAGAUUGUAAAGUGAUAUACGAAACGUUAGUCAAGCCGCAGAAUCCAAUAAUUGAUUACAAUACGAGGUUUUCAGGAAUUACAGAAGAAGACAUGAAGGAUGUGACAACGACCAUUUUAGAUGUACAAGCUACAAUUCUCACAAUGUUCUCGGACAAAACAAUUUUAGUGGGUCAUAGUCUUGAAAGCGAUUUUAAAGCUUUGAGGCUACUACAUGAUACUGUUGUGGAUACUAGCGUCAUGUUUCCGCAUAGGAAUGGAUAUCCACAAAAAAGAGCGUUGAAAAAUCUCUGUUCUGAGUAUCUCAGAAAGAUCAUACAAAAUGAUAUCGGUGGUCAUGACAGUAAAGAAGAUGCCGUCGCUUGUAUGGAGUUAAUUCGUUGGAAAGUGAAGGAAGAAGCGAAAUUACAGUGAAAUUAUGCAUACAAGAACAAACAUUAUCACGAUUGUUGUAUGCUAUUACAUUUUUCGCUUUUGCGACAUUAUCGACGAGGUGCUAUUAAAGAUGGCUAUCUAAUCUUUGGUAAAUUUUUUUUUUAUGGAUAUAUUUACAAAGAAUAAUUAAUGAAUAUUAGGUUUAUUGAU